GUCGGUUUCUCGAACUCCUGAUCUGAGGAAGAUUCUAAUACACAUUAGUAGUGGAGUUGGAUUCACUGGUUACACACAGGAUAAUGGUGAGCAGCAGCUCAUUGAUAAAAUCAGGAAUCACCUUCACUGUAAAAGGUACAUUGUUGUAAUAGAUGAUGUAUGGGGCACAGAAGAUUGGGAAUUUAUCAAACUUGUAUUACCGAAUAAUGAUCUUGGGAGCAGAGUAAUUAGUACGACACGUAGUGUUACUGUUGCAAAAUUUUAUUCGUCUCAAGUUUAUCAAAUGGAACCUCUAAGUUUGGAUGAUUCCAAAAGGUUGUUUUUCAAAAGAGCAUUUGAUUAGGAGAGUUCAUGUUAUCCUCACUUGGAGACGUUCCAGAUAGAAUAUUAAGAAAAUAUGGUGGUCUACCUUUGGCAAUUGUUACUGUAUCUAGCAUCUUAACCACUGAGCUUGCAAAAGCAGAAUGAGACAGGGUAUUAAGCGCUAUGGGUUCUGCACUUGCAAACAAACCUGAUGCUAAGAAGAUGACCAGCAUAAUAGCCCUGAGUUACUUUGAUGUUCCUCGCCAUCUGAGAACUUGUUUGCUAUACUUGAGUGCGUUCCUAGAAGAUUGUGAGAUCAACAAAAAUUGUCUGAUCAAUAGAUGGAUUGCAGAAGGGUUCAUUCAUGAGGAAGAAAGGCGAACUAAAUAUGAAAUUGGUGAGGGUUAUUUUAAUGAUCUCAUCAAUAGAAGCAUGAUCCAACCUGUUGAUGUAAAGUACGGUCAGGCAAAGGCAUGUCGAGUCCAUGACAUCAUUCUUGACUACAUCAAGUGCAAGGCUGCAGAAGAGAAUUCUGUAGCUCUGUCAGAUGCUUCAGAGCAUGUAUACGCUACAGAAUACAAGGUUCGUAGACUUUGUGUCAGCAACCACAUUGAAGAAAAUGUUGCCAUAUGGGCAGACCCGAUGUUAUAUCACGUUCGAUCAGUUACAAUAUUUGGACAGCCCGUGAAAACGCCUUUGUUACCUUCCACUGCUCUUCGUGUGUUGGACCUAGGAGAUUGCUAGAGCAUGGAAGACCACCAUCUUGUAAGUAUUGAAAAUCUGUUUCAUCUCAAGUACUUGUGUCUCUCAGGUUCAAUAACUAAGCUCCCAGAGAAAAUAGGGGAACUGCAAUAUCUACAAACCCUGGAUGUACAAGGUACUAGCAUUAAAUUGCUUCCAUCCACCAUCACCAAACUACAACGACUGGCACAUUUAUAUGUUGAUGGUAAAACUAGAUUUCCAGGUGGAGUGAUCGGGCAGAUGCACAGUUUAGAAGAGAUGAGGGAGUAUGGAGCCGGAUCCUACGAACUAAGAAAGUCUCUGCAAGAAUUCAGUAAACUAACCAAGCUGAGGGCUUUAGAAAUUAUAUGGAAUUUUGAUUCACACGAACACUCGGAAGGAAUAAGGCGAGCUGAGGGCUAUCACAGUUGUGUGGGAACCUUAAUAUCUUCAUGCAACCUUUAUAAUCUAUAUAUCACGAACUGCUCUAGUCACAACAUGUACCUGCUGUCGAUGGAUUCAUGGCACCCUGCUGCUCCCUGUAGCCUCCGGAAGCUUUGCUUAGAACAAUGCAGCAUCUGUAAGGUGCCACAUUGGAUGGGUUCGCUUAGAAACCUCGUGCUGCUAAAACUGCAAUUUGUCAUCUGUUUGGGUCCAGAGGAUGUUGAGAUCCUUGGAGUGAUACCCUGUUUACUUUUUCUCAAACUAGCUAUUUUUGGAGGCACCAACGGAAGGAUCACUGUCCAUGGCAGAAAUGGAUUCAGAAGUCUGAAAUAUCUAUACCUGAGUAUUGAUUUUUGCAGGACCGCGCUGGAGUUUCAAGUGGGAUCAAUGCCAAAGCUUGAGCAUGUGAAGCUCAGGAUCGCUGUGCAUAAGAGGGAGUGCCUGAAUGGUGCUUCUGAUUUGGGCAUCCAGCACCUCUCCGCUCUUAGCAAGGUUGAGGUCAAAAUUAAUGGAAACUGCAGAUACGACACCAACUACAAUCCAACAGAAGAUGAGAAUGAUGGUGCUGUCAGAUGGGUUGCAAGUGCCAUUAGAUGGGUUGCAAGUGCCAUUAAUGGUGCCAUCGUGACACUUCCCAACUGUCCCACUAUCAGAUUCAAAAAAAUGCAUGUUGAGGAGUGUGUGCAUUAUGAUGAGGAGUGUGUAUAGUUCAAAUAUGUAAGAGCCUGCUUUGCUACCAACAAGAUUUAGCUAUCAAUUGGUUCA